AUGAUAGAGAGCCCAAAUUGGAACCUCAUGUACACAUCAGACGACACAAGUAUGGAUCAUCACGACACUCCCUUUCCUGUGCAAAUACUCGUCCAUAUAUUUUUAGCACUCUCAAAUCUCUUUCCAGUUAUCAUUUUUUUCCGUUCAAAAAGCACGAAAAACGUCUGCAACCUGGCGACAAAAAGAAAAUAUCCCAUCUUCACGUUGAACAUCAAACAAAAAUCAUUCAAUAUUGAAAAAAGCAACGAAACAAAAUCAAUCAUGAACCGAAUGACAUUAUCGUCAUCCGCAUCGUCGUCGUCGUCGUCAUCUCUUUCAACUUUGAUGAGGAAAAUAAAAAAUCGUGAAAUCUUCAACGAUCGCAUCGUCAACAUCAUGGCAUUUUACUCGAGUAUGACGGAGUUUGCGUCUUCCUCCAUCAUCCUCUUUCUACUGCUGACGUUGCGCUACCACGAUCUGACGUCUCUGGCUGGCAAGCGUGCAUGCGCGUUGUACCAGUUUGUGACGAUGGAGGUCAUUGAGAGGUUAGAUUUUGAAAUGAGGUUCGAAUGGUGUUGCAUUGAUAUCGUGCUGGCUCGAUGUGGAAUUGAUGUCGGAUGCUGCCGAGUGCUUAGUGACGCAACCGGAUUUUUAAUUCUAGUUUUAUUUUGUUUGAAGAAUGGUUGA